UGCGGAUCUGAUCCUUUUGCUGAUGCUGAUGCUGGUCGAAGAUGCAGCAAGAAGUUUCCGACGGGGAAAUAAGCGAUAUUUCGGAAGAUAGUGCCGGAAUUGAGGAGGAAUUGGAAUCGUUUGAAUGUCAGCUCGAGAAGGAAGUCAGUUCGGAUAAUGGCACACGGACAAAGGCUGGAGAAGUCCUGGAAAGUGCUAGCGGUCCCACCGUACGCUGCUUGGAGCCGGAGCUCGAGUAUCGGUGCCAAAUGUGCACUAAAUCAUUCCACGAGCUGCAGCAUCUCGGGCGGCACAUCGAAACCCACAACCGGUGGCGGUUCCGGUGUGAGCAGUGCGGGGCAUAUUUCAAAACGAAAGCAAGCCUAAACAUUCACCAACGUCGGCACCGGAUCGAACGAACACACCAGUGCAGUGUUUGUGAGAAAAGGUUCGCCACCACUUCGGAUUUGCAGGCUCAUAGUAAGGUGCACGAAGCAACAGCUCCGCGCUAUCCGUGUGGGGUGUGUGGGAAAGAUUUCGGAAGAAUCUAUACCCUGCGCGAUCACAUGAAGGUGCACGCACCGGAUCCGGAACACCGGUGCGAAAGGUGCGAGAGGGUGUUUGCCAAGCGCCGAAAUUUGCUUCUCCACGAACGGACACACUUGGUGGAGGAUACGCUACGCACUGAGUCGGUUGACUGACAAUCAGCACCAUAAUCGAUUUCACAGUAUUCC